CUUGGCUACUUUUCACUCUGCUGCCCUGCUCACGCUUUUCUGAACUUCACCAUCUGCCUUCAUUCCUCCUCUAAUCAGCCACAAUGUCUUGCCGAUCCUAUCGCAUUAGCUCUGGAGGUGGUGGUGUCCAGAAUUUCAGUUCUUGCUCAGCUGUCAUACCAAGAAGCAUAAGGCAGUACAGCUUCAGCACUGUCUCAUCUCGGGGAGGUGGUGGCGUGGGCUAUAGAGGACUAGGAUACUUUGGCAGCAGAAGUCUCAGUGGCGUAGCCUCCGGCAAACCCAGAAUGGCCGUUGGUAGCUGUCGUUCUGCAAGAUAUGGGUAUGGGAAUGCUGGUCUUGCAUAUGGCUAUGGCGGUGCUGGCUUUGGCUACAGAGUGGGUGGGAUCUGUGGGCCUUGUCCACCCACUAUCACACCCGUCCAAGUCAACCCGCACCUGCUCCAACCUCUCAACCUGGAGAUCGACCCCAAUGUUCAGUCGGUGAAAUAUCAGGAGAAGGAGCAGAUCAAGUGUCUCAACAACAAAUUCGCUUCUUUCAUUGACAAGGUCCGAUUCCUGGAGCAGCAGAACAAGGUGCUGGAGACCAAAUGGAGCUUUUUGCGGGAGCAAAAACACUACCAGAAUAACAUGGAGCCCAUGUUUGAAGCUUAUAUCAGUAACUUGAAGAGGCAGCUGGAGAACCUGGGAUGUGACCGAGCUAAGCUGGAGACAGAACUGCACAACAUGCAGGACAUUUUGGAGGAUUACAAGAGAAAGUAUGAAGAGGAAUGCAAUCGUCGAACCUGUGCUGAGAACGAGUUUGUAGUACUUAAGAAGGAUGUGGACUGUGCUUACAUGAACAAGGCAGAACUAGAAGUCAAAGUGGAAUCCCUCAUAGACGAGAUCACCUUCCUGAGACGCAUAUAUGAAGAGGAAAUUGCUUGCCUCCAAGCAUCCAUUUUGGACACCUCUGUUAUUGUGCAAAUGGACAACAGCCGAGGCCUGAACAUGGAUGACAUCAUCGCUGAUGUCAAAGCUCAGUACGAGGACAUCGCCAACAGGAGCCGAGCUGAGGCAGAGUCCUGGUACCAGUGCAAGUAUGAGGAGCUGAAGGUAACUGCUAGCAAACACUGCGACAACCUGCACAGCACAAGGAAUGAGAUUACGGAGCUGAACCGGGUGAUUCAGAGACUGCACGGAGAACUUGAAAAUGUUAAAGCCCAGCGAUGCAAACUGGAAGGAGCCAUAGCAGAAGCCGAGGAACGGGGAGAGAUGGCUCUCAAAGACGCCAAGUGUAAACUGGCCGAGCUGGAGGCUGCGCUGACGAAAGCCAAGCAGGACCUGGCUUGCCAGCUGCGGGAGUACCAAGAGCUGAUGAACGUCAAGCUGGCCCUGGAUAUCGAGAUCGCCACCUACAGGAAGCUGCUGGAAGGAGAGGAGAGCAGGUUGUGUGGAGAAGGUGUUUGCCCCGUCAAUAUUUCUGUGUGUAGAUCCCAAGGGGGGAUUGUGUGUGACGGCGACCCCUGCUUUGGGGGCAGCUAUUCCUCCAGCAGCAGAACACUACUCAAAACCGGAGGUGUUCUUAGCAGUGGGGGUAUAUGCGACGCUAGGAUUGGAAGAAGUGUCGUCGCAAAUUUGGGAGACGUAUGUGCACCGUGCGUUCCUACCGGCGGAUACAGCACUAGCAGUGGAAGGAGCUCUAAUGUCAAAUGCAUAUCGACUACCAGCUCCUACAGAACAAAAUAUUAAAAGAGAGCUCUAGAAAGUCGUCAUGUCACUGCCUAGUGACAGCAAUACCUGCUACCAGCACUAACGGCAUUAGGGGAUUUUAAAGAUUGCAGCCCAUUCUCCAUUGCUUGCUGCAUGAAGCAUUUUUAAUUUCUGGGGGAGCUUCUGUUAUGAGGCAGCUGUCUGAGUUUUAGUUUUACAAAGUUGCUCUUCUGAAAUUUUCCUUUUCCUCCUGGGUUACUGAGGUCUAGCUUGUCUAGCGUUGUAAGACCAUUUGAUUAGGGUAUAUUGUUAGUAUGCUGUAUGCACUUAGGAAUCGAAUCAUUUGUGAAGAUAUGUGGCUCAAAAGAAGGUCUCAGUGAUACUGGGAAAUUCACAGAGUCUUGCUGUUCAGUGCCUUUCCUCAAAGGAGUAUGAACCAACUACAAACAUGAAGAUCUAUCAUUUUUUAACUCCUACAGUGUAUUUCGUAUUAUUAGCACCAGUUCACCACUACAUGAUCGUUUGCAAAGGGCAAACCACUGAUGUGCAGAUUGUAUCCUGUUCAUAAUUUCCUGUUUUGUUUCAUUUGUCUUUGUUUUAUUCCAUUUUUCCAAUAAACUGACAUAGCAGA